AUAUAAGAAGUAAUCUUUUGAAGGAUAAAGAUCAAGUUGAAUACCUGCAGGUUUGUAGUUUUGAAGAUUGUUACCUUUUUUGGCUCUGUGGUCAUGUACACUACUACAUGAUGGGAACUGAAGAUAAGACACUGUUUUGUUUCUGUCAUUGGGGUGGGAAGAAUAAGGUGCUUCCAGAUGGAUCCACUUCGUAUGUAGGAGGAAUUACGGAUCAGAUUAUUGUGAAGACAGGCAUAAAGUACAAUGAUUUUGUGAAUGCAGUUUUUGACCGAUUAGGCAUUGAUCCUUCAGAUAAGGUUCUGCAGUUUACAGUGAAGUUUGAUAGGGCCCAAUUGAUACGGCUUAGAGACCAAGAAGGUGUAAAUACUCUAUUACAAUUUAAUGAUGGUUUUGCCCAUGUAUAUGCAUCAAGUUCGGAGAAGGAGCCUAAUUCUGAAGUUGCUCCUAAUAUGGCUACCACUAGGAUUUCAACCACUGAGGUUGAAGCAGUUUCUCUCGGAAGUGCUGAGGAAGAACAAGUGAGUGCUGAUACACCAAUUCCUGCACCGUCGAACCAAUGGAUCACUGAUGGAACUCCAGAUGCUGCUGCCAACUGGAGUGAAUUACUUGUCGGGGAAGGACAAGCUUUUGAAAAUGCAGAUGCUUUUCGGCUUGCAGUUUUCAAGUUCUCGAUUGCGAAUAGAUUUCACUACAGAAUUUUGCACAAUAAACCUAGAUAUAUUAGCAUCCAUUGUGCUGCUGAUGGCUGCCCUUGGAAAGUAAGUGCUGGCAUUGAGAAGAAAUCUCAAAAUGUUUCCAUUAGGAAAUUUGUUGAUUCUCAUUCCCAUCCUCCCCUAGAUUCAUCGCAACUGAAACCUCGUAUCAGGAUGAAGUGGUUGGGGGGAAUCAUGCAAGAAGACAUAUUGGGCAGUCCUGAUUGUUUGCCUCGUAAAGUGUGUGAGGAUGCUGAGAAGAAUUUGGCUAUCAAAUUGACCUACCGUCAGGCUUGGAGUGUGAAGCAGAGGAUUAGGGAGGCAAUCAAUGAGAAGUCAGGUGAAUCCUAUAAACUGAUUCCCUGGCUAUGCAAUCGCUUAAUUGAGGCAAUGCCCGGAACUAUUGCUACAUGGUCCUGCACCGAAGAAAACAGAUUCAAGAGGCUCUUCGUGUCAUAUGACUGCUCAAUACGUGGGUUCGAUGUUGGAUGCAGACCUUUGAUAUUUGUUGAUGUUUACAACUUGAAUGGGCUGCACAACAGCUCCUUUAUAGUUGCUUCUGCUUUGGAUGCAGACAAUGAGAUGUAUCCUCUAUCUUAUGGCAUUCUCCUGUCUAUGAACGAGGAAGAUCUUCUGUGGUUUCUAGAAAAGCUAAAGGUCGUUGUGCAGAACCGCGAGGUCGUCGUAGUUUCUGGCACGAGUCUCCCUUUUCUCUCCAGCUUGGACAAAAUGUUUGGUGAUGAAAACCACAGUUUUUGUUUUCAUUGCGUGAAAGAGAAUUUUAAUAAAUUCAUCGAUGGUAAUACUGCCUUUAAAGUGCAGGGUAGAGGUAAGGAGAUUGCACUUAAGUACUUGAGUGACAUUGCCUACGCACGAACACUAGAUAGUUAUAAUGAAGCUCUAGGCAAGAUCUGUUCUUUCCGCAGGGAAUUGUAUGAUUGGGUGAUAGCCAGCCAGCCAGAACGUUGGUCUAAUGCCUUGUUCAGGAAACCUCGGUGGGAUCAUCUGAAUUGUAAAUCUACGGAUUCUCUGAACUCUUUUAUAGAGGAAGAGAAGUUUGUACAUGUCCUAGAGUUGAUGGAGGCUUAUCAUGAGAAGCUUUAUAUGUUAUUACACAGUAACAAGCUCAAGAUUGAACAAUGGAACCUCCCAAUCGGUCCUCGGGUUGCUGAGAAGAUUUUUGAAAACCAAAAGGCCGGUGAUAACCUAGCAAUGACGGUUCUAUCAGAUAUUGAGUUUAAAUUACAGGAACUGCAGGGUAGAGAAGAAGUUGUAAACCUCAAACUCUGGACAUGUACAUGUUUAGAGUGGCAAAUGACUGGCAUUCCAUGCAGCCAUGCCUGCAACGCGAUUACUAUGACAAGUAUGAACAUCUAUCAGUACGUUGCGGAUUGGUACAAGAGGGAGACACAAGAACAUAUAUAUGCUGAAGUUAUGGAUGAACUCGCGAAAUUUGAUAUACCACAUCCAGAUGACAUCAUUUCUUCUGCGUCCUCAGGUAAUGACGUCGUGCUAUGUCCACUUUCACCCCAUAUUAAAAGACCUCCUGGUCGUCCCCGGAAAGAACCCAAAGGACUUCAAGUUGAAACUGUAAAGAGACCCAUUCGUUGUUCCAAAUGUGGUGGCGUUGGACAUAAUAAACGUACUAAAUGUAGUUCUGUAGGACAGUAAAUUAUUGUUCAAGGUAUCAACUACUUUAUCAGUGAACUAUGAGACAUAUUUUGAGUGUUGGCAGUACUUUGCAGU